AUGGAGAUGAGCAUCACCCCACAGACUCAGGUACAACGAGACAAGAAAACAUUUACCUGUACCUUUAAAGCUGGCACGACGUACAUUUUCGGCAAAGGGGGGGCUCUGAUUACGUAUAUUUGGCCCCCGAAUGACCGUCCGAGCACGCGGGCUGACCGGCUGGCCGUGGGAUUCAGUACGCACCAGAAGAACGCGAUUCUGGUGAGGGUGGACAGUGCCUCUGGACUCGGCGACUACUUACAGCUGCACAUAGACCAGGGGACUGUGGGCGUCAUUUUCAACGUAGGCACCGACGACAUCACGAUCGAGGAGAGCAAUGCCAUGGUGAAUGAUGGCAAGUACCACGUGGUCCGCUUCACCCGGAGCGGCGGCAACGCAACGCUGCAGGUGGACAACUGGCCCAUCAACGAACGAUAUCCGGCAGGGAACACUGAUAAUGAACGGCUGGCGAUUGCUAGACAAAGAAUACCGUAUCGGCUCGGUCGAGUAGUAGAUGAAUGGCUACUCGACAAAGGUCGUCAGCUGACCAUCUUCAACAGCCAGGCCGCCAUCAAGAUCGGAGGCCGCGACCAGGGCCGCCCCUUCCAGGGCCAGGUCUCGGGGCUGUACUACAAUGGGCUGAAGGUCCUCUCCUUGGCCGCCGAGAGCGACGCCAACGUGAAGGUGGAGGGCAACCUGCGGCUGGUGGGCGAGGUGCCCUCCGUCAUGACCACCGAGACCACGGCCACCACCCUGCUGGCGGACAUGUCCACGACCAUCAUGGAGACCACCACCACCAUGGCCACGACCACCACGCGGCGGGGCCGUUCCCCCACCAUGCGGGACAGCAUCACGCAGGAACUGGGAGGUGAAUUAGUCUUGCCCAUAAUAACCGAAGACUCUCUAGACACCCCUCCAAUUGCCACGCGCUCUCCUUUUGUCCCCCUGCCUCCCACCUUUGGCCCCUUCCUAACCGUAAUCGAGACCACCAAAGACACCAUCUCCCUCCCGGCUCAGCCGAAGGCCCCCUGCCUGACCGACCAAGACGACAGCGACUGCGAAGAGGGCAUCGAAGCCUCGGGGUACGCCUCCGGCGAGGUCUUCGACUCCAGCCUGCCCCCCACCGACGACGAAGAUUUUUACACCACCUUCCCCUUGGUCACUGAUAGGACCCCGAUGGGCCGCCCCGAUGGAGGAGCCGCCAAAAAGCCCCACGGAUACCGCCCCAACCUUAGGACAGGAUUGCCGGCUUCGCCCUCCGGCCCAGACCUCCUCCUGGCCUCCACCACUUCACCCACCCUGCUCCACCGCAUCCCCGCAGGCAAAAUGAACAACCGCGAGCCCCCCCUGCGGCCCCACCCCGAACACUUCCACCCUCUGGCCACCUCCUUCGAGCCGGACAAGCUCAACCGUCCCAAGUAUCCCGUUAUAACCUCUUCCCCCGAUUUCCACAAUCUGCCCACAGCUAACCCCACCGACCCCGGGGAGAGGGGUCCUCCCGGCGCCGUGGAGGUCAUCCGGGAAUCCAGCAGUACCACCGGCAUGGUGGUGGGCAUCGUGGCGGCCGCCGCCCUCUGCAUCCUCAUCCUCCUCUACGCCAUGUACAAGUACCGCAACCGGGACGAAGGCUCCUACCAGGUCGACCAGAGCCGUAACUACAUCAGUAACUCGGCGCAGAGCAACGGCACGGUGGUGAAGGAGAAGACGGCCGCUGCCCCCAAAACGGCCAGUAAAAGCAAGAAAAACAAAGACAAGGAAUAUUAUGUCUGAGGCCCUCCCCCGUCCUCGCCCCCUCCCCAAAUCCCUGCGUGCGCCAGAGAGACCCACGC